AUGACAAUCACGGCGGACUCACUUUUCGAUGAGGUAGGAGCGAGCUAUGAAGCUGCCUUUGCAGACAAUGCGCCGCUUUGUGCCUUCAUCGAUCAGGCCAGCAAGAAGUUAGCCCCCAACAGUCGGGUGCUGGAUGUUGGAUGCGGCACCGGCAAGCCCGUCGCGGAGAUCCUAGCAACCGCAAGCCAUCAGGUGCAUGGAAUCGACAUCUCCCCAGGUAUGGUCAAGAUUGCCACGUCGCAAGUCCGGGGUCAGUUUGAAGUGGCCAACAUGAACACCUUCCACCCUUGCCAGUCCUAUGAUGGUGUCUUUGCAAUUCUGUCGCUGUUCCAGCUCACUCCGGGAGAGCUGUACUCGAUGAUCUUCAAAUUUGCCGAGUGGCUCAACUUGGGUGGGCGCUUGGCCCUCGCGGUGACGCCCAGCACCGGACUGUUGCCGGACAAAUGCACCUACGAUCCCACCUGGAAUUGUGUGAGGAUGCUCGGAAAGUACUGGAUGGGAAACUACACCAACGAGGUCUUCCAUUCGGAAGAUGGAUGGGCUCGCCUGCUGCAAGCGGCCGGUAUGGUACUCGAAAUGGAGCCCGUUGACCACAUCUUUUGCCCGACUGGCAACCGGGAAUACACGCAUCCUGAGGCUCAGCACUUCGUGCUCGCAAGGAAGGUUGAGCCGCAGCCUUUGCUGGGCCCGUAUCCAGUUCCAAUUGCUGAAAUGCCUUCAGACUGUGUCGACCAUCUUGAUAUUUUCACCGAUCGCUUCGUGAGCGAAGACAUCAAGAGCCUCUGCAAUGAGGUCGCAGUGGAUGGAAAGAAGAUGCUUGUCCUCGGGCAAGACAGUUGGAGUCAGUAUGCAGGCUGUGAGGAAUUUCAGUCCCUGCCAGACAUCACCGAUAACCUCCCAUAUGCACCUGACACGUUCGAUGUCAUCGUUGCGCCCUGGACACUCGAUAAGCUUCCCUUCCUCAGACAGGCCGUCGAGGAGAUGGUCCACGUGGCACGUCGGAAGAACUCACAACUUGUCAUCCUCCAGGGAGCUCCUGGAAAUGAGGCGGUGAUGGUCCUGAACGCGGCCGCGCGCUCACCUCGAAUCCGCCACCAAGGCCAGAUUCUGCAGGAAGCAGCGCACCUGUUGACAACACAGGGGUUCGGGCACAUCUCUCUAAAGCGUGUUCGUGCACACUAUGCAUUCCCCGAAGAGGACUUGCCAACCCGAUGCUCGGUGGCUGCGGAAUGUUUGGCCGCGAUCACACAUCGACAGCAUCCGAACUAUGAGGUCAUCAAGCACAUCCUGACUGCGCGGCUGAAGCUUCAUUUCCAGGGCAGCACACACGCGGUGGGAAUGGACAUGGUUGCCUUGAUUGCGAGGUCGAACGAUGCGGAGAAUUGA